AUACAUACAAUCUAUCAUCAUACACAUACAAACAUGGAAGUCUCCAAGCUUUGUUUCUCACUUGUCUUCACCUUCAUUUACGUAACAUUUGCAUCAGCAGCCAGUGGUAGCUACAAUGUCCAGAGCUAUGGAGCAAAACCCGACGGCAAGACUGACUCCACCAAAGCGUUUGUGGGCGCAUGGGCGGCGGCGUGUGCCUCCACCGCUCCGGCCACCAUUUACGUGCAGGCGGGAAGGUUCUUGGUUGGGAGUGUGAGUUUUGGGGGGCAAACAUGCAAGAGCAAUGCCAUUUCAUUUCGAAUGGAUGGCACGCUUGUGGCUUCAUCUGACUACAAUAAUGUAGUUGGAAAGAGUGGUAAUUGGAUCAAAUUUGAAAAGGUCACCGGAGUUUCUAUUUCCGGCGGAACCCUAGAUGGUCAAGGCGCUGCUCUUUGGGCAUGCAAAAACUCCGCCAAGAAUUGUCCAGACGGAGCUACGACACUAGCAUUUUACCACUCAAAAAACGUUGUUAUCGACGGACUCCGUUCACAAAACAGUCAGAUGUUUCACAUUCUAAUUUACGACUGCCACAAUGCCAAAUUACAAGAUGUGACAAUGUCAGCCCCCGAAAAUAGUCCCAACACAGACGGAAUCCAUAUUCAGUUGUCGACAGGUGUAACAAUCUUUAAUUCCCACAUCAGUACCGGUGACGACUGUAUCUCCAUUGGUCCUGGCAACUCCAACCUGUGGAUCGAAAAUAUCGCCUGUGGCCCAGGCCACGGAAUCAGCAUUGGGAGUCUAGGUCAGGAAGAGCAGGAGGGUGGAGUACAAAAUGUGACAGUACAAACUGCUACUUUUACUGGCACUCAAAAUGGGUUAAGGAUUAAAACAUGGGCAAAGCCAAGCAAUGGAUUUGUAAAAAAUGUUGUUUUCCAACACGCAGUUAUGUCUGACGUACAAAACCCCGUCAUCAUCGACCAAAAUUACUGUCCUAACCACCAAAAUUGUCCUCAUCAGGACUCGAGCGUGAAGAUAAGUGAGAUAAAGUACGAGGACAUACAUGGUACAUCAGCAACUGAAGUGGCGAUGAAGUUCGAGUGCAGCAAGACACAACCCUGCAGUGGCAUAACGUUGGACGAUGUAAACCUGACAUACAAAGAUCACCCGGCUCAAGCCUCCUGCUCUAAUGCCGGAGGGACGUCUUCCGGUUUAGUUACACCGGCAAGCUGCCUCUAGGCGGUUUCAGAUGGUUGUAUUGAAGAUAUAUAUAUAUAAUUUGUUGCUUAUUAUUAGUUUAGGCUUGCUAAUUGGCGUCUGAUGAUCGAGUUUGCCUGAUUUGGCCUUAGCUUGCUACAAAUGUAAUACUACAUACAUUUGCUUUUUGAUUGAUUCAAAAUUUGGAACCUA